GAACAAACGCAGCAGAGGAUCGGGUUUGCGAGCACUCGAGCAGCACAACCAAGUCGACCGGCCCUGCAGCCGCCCUUCCUCCCUUUCCUCACCACCAACGGCAGCAUGCAUCUAUCAAAGCAAUCCUCGGCGAAUGCGCUGUUUGCCCCUGGACUGCUGUACAUCGCCUUCAACCAGGACGAAGGCUGCUUUGCCAUCGCGACAGAGGCCGGCUUCCGGGUCUACAACACCAACCCGCUCAAGGAAAAGACCCGGAGAGAGUUCAGUCCGGCCAAAGUGCGAGCGGCCGCCUCGCAGGCCGAUGGUGGCUCUGGAACCGGAGUCACCGCCGAGGAAUCGGGUCCGUCCAUCUUCGAUUCAUCCUCGGGAGGGCUGGGGAUCGUCGAGAUGCUUCAUCGCACAAACUACCUGGCCUUGGUUGGCGGCGGCAAGAAUCCCCGGUUCCCACCCAACAAAGUGAUGAUCUGGGACGAUCUGAAGGCCCGAAUCAUUAUUGAGCUCGAAUUCAAGAGCGAUAUAAAGGCCGUGAAGCUGACAAAGGACAGGAUCAUUGUGGUGCUCCUGAAUCGAGUAUUCAUUUACACACUCUCGGCCACUCCCCAGAUGCUCCACAACUUCGAAACAUCGGACAACGAGAGAGGUCUGGUUGCCGUGUCGGCAGUGUCAGGCGCCGGAGGUGCCUUGGUGGCCUUUCCCGGCCGAUCCAAGGGUCAGAUCCAGAUUAUCAAGCUCCCCAAAGGUCUGGUCUGGGAAGGCGCAGUGCUUUCUGCUCCGGUACUAUCGAUCAUUCCGGCCCACAACACCUACAUCCAGCAGCUCGCGCUCUCGCAUACAGGCCAUCUGUUGGCGACGGCUUCGGAGACCGGCACGCUGCUGCGAGUCUUUGAUACCCACAGCGGCCGGCUGCUUCACGAAUUCCGCCGUGGUGCCGACAAGGCCGAGAUCUACUGCAUAAGCUUCAACGCAGAAGGCACCCGAUUGUGCACUGCCAGCGACAAAGGCACGGUGCAUAUUUUCAAUCUGGCACAAGGCAGCAUCCCGGGAUCGCCUGCGGCAUCAGCAGACCCGUCUGUCGGUGACCGCUCGCUGUCUUCCUCGCAGAACUCGCCUCGCGCUGCCCCGCCCUCAAGUCCGAGCGCCUCCUCUGCAUCUGGGGGUGCAAGUUCGUCAUCAACGGGAAAUCGCCAGUCGUCGCUGUCGUUUCUGUCGCCGUACCUGCCAAAGUACUUUUCGUCGGAAUGGAGCUUUGGCCACUUUUCGCUGCCCACCGAGUCAAAAUGCCUCUGCACCUUCAUCGUAGACGAUCUCGAGGCCCCACGGAGCACGACGGCCCCCGGGGCAGAGAUCUACGUGCUCGCCUUGUGUGCCGAUGGCAGCGCAUACAAAUUCUCGUUGGAUGCACGGAAAGGCGGCGAAGGCCAGCGCGAGAGCUACUACCGAUUCUACAGCACGCACUAAGGGCCUCGGCUUGCGGACCCGUCCAGCAACAUUAGUUUGUUGGCUCGAACAGAGAUUCCUUUGCUCCGCAAUGACUCUCUACCAUGCGCUCGAUAUCCGUGCGACAGCACCGAGCCGAUGAAUCUACCG